CACUGAUGGACUGCACCGCGCGCUGUUCGGUCAUUCACGUUUGAAACAUCACAUUGUUUUUUCUUUAUAUUUUAAUAAUUUAUUCCCGCACGGAGGUUUUGAGCCUCGGGGAACAUGUUCAGCCCGCGCACAGGUCCAGGCUCCGGCCGACGGCAGCCGAACAGACCGUCGGUCCGGAAGAGUGUCGGAGGAGCGGGGUCCGGCCUGCUGUUCUCCCCGCGCAGGACGCCUCUGUCCGGGGCCAGAUCGACGCCGACUCGAGGUCAGAGCCACUCGGUCCCGGAGCCGGUGAGCUACGACGUCCAGACGUUCGGCUCCUCUCUCCCGGUCAAAGUCAUGGAGGCUCUCACUACGACUGAACCUGAGGAUCAGAUCUCGGUGAAGGUGGAUGAGAGCGGCUGGGCCUGGAUGGUCUGUGGAGAGAAGCUCAUCAUCUGGAAAAUCUGUCAGACGGCGGUGGCCAAGCUGUCGGUGUGUAAGGAGCUGCAGUUGCCUCCCAGCGAAUAUUCCUUCAGCUCGGACCUGAUCUCGGUCUCGUCCGCCUCCCCCCUGGACUCCGCCCCGGUCCAGUCCAUCUGCGUCCUGGCGCUGUCCACGGAGGGAUCGGCCCGGCUCUGGCCCAGCCUCGCUCACGAAGGGAACUACUCGGACUCGGAGCUGGACCUGGGGGACCUCACGCACUCUGUGGUCGCGGUCAGGGGCGGCGGUUUUGUGAUGUCGUCGUGUAAGAGUCGUCUGUUCAGAGCCUCCGCGGACUCUUCGGGGAGGCUGCAGUGCCACGCUCUCCCCCAGGGACAGGGCAUGCUCUCUGGGAUCGGACGCAGGGUCUCCAGCCUCUUUGGGAUCCUGUCUCAGCCCGCCAGCGACACACUGUACAGCGUCCUGUGGUGUCCCUCGUCCUCGUGUCUCUUCUCUCUGUCCAGCUCCGGUUUAAAUAAAUGGGACCUGAGCGACUCGCAGGAGCAUCACGUGUUCGUGUGGGAGCACCGGGUCCUGACGGAGCGGAUCACCGACGCCAUCUGGGGCUCUGAGGCAAACUUCGAGGAGAUGAAAGAAGGAGCCAACGUGACGUACCUCGACAUGAAGCACGGACACUGUGGCCUGGUGCUGCUGGCGGCUGCGUGGCAUCCGUCCGACACGCCCUGUCUGUUGUACUUCUGUCUGGUCACGCUCCUCGACUCUGGAGCCUCUGUGUCUGAGGAGGUCACGGUGGAGGUCACCAAGUUCACCACACCGUUCCAGAGUGAGGAGGCGCUUCAGUCUGUGAGUCUGGUCCUGCCUCCGGUCCCUGGGUCUGUGGCCUUCAUCUUCACCCCUGAGCUGGUGUUCGCCUGCUCCACCGGGACGGGGAGAGCGGCUCUGCCCGACGAGAAGAUCACAUUCAACGCUCCAGGUGACGGGGUUCGUGGAGGCGGCUGCUGUUCAAACCUGCCCGUGUUCUUCUCUCUGCACAGCGGGCUGGUGGCUCUGGUGGGGAGAGAGAGUGCAUCUAUCCUCCCCGAGACCAUGGAGGACUCUCUGUGCUCCUCCCUCGCCGCUGCCCCCGAGGUUUCUGUGAUGGAGACUCCGAGUCGAUCUGAAACUGUGGCAGAAGAAGACAAAACCAAACUGCUCAAGGCUGCGUUUCUACAGUUCUGCCGGAAUGACCUGGUGGGUGCGCAGACGGUCACCGAUGAGCUGUUCCCGGAGGAGGGGGCGGAGCCGGACGCCAUGGUAACGAGGAUCGACCUGGACCUGGUGGAUGAUUACCCGGCGUCCGACCCGCGCUGGGCCGAGUCGGUGCCGGACGAGAGUGGAGGUUUUCCGCUCACGUCUCUGAUCAUUCUGCAUCAGCUGGAGGACAAACUGAAGGCUCACGGCUGCUUCAUGGACUUUCUGCUGCAGGUGGGUUUGCUGGAUCGCCUGGGCUCCGUGUCCGUCCGCUCGUCUCCGAUGGCGACGCGUCUGCUGCUCUGCGAACACGCCGAGAAGCUCCAGGCCUCCAUGGUGCUGAAGAACCACCACAGCCGACACCAGGAGCUCAUGAGCCGCGCCGUCAACUCCGCCCUGAGCAAGAGGGGCACGCCGGUCCCCCCCAGCCUCACCGCCGCCGACGUCUUCUUCAGGGAGGUGUCUCAGAUCGGGUCCAUAUUCGAGUGUCUUCUGGAGGAGGAGGAGCGAAGCCUGAAGGACAAUCCCGUGGAGUCGGUGCAGUGGGCCGAGGUCGUCCUCGCCGUCAACAACAUCCUCAAGGACGUCCUGCAGGCGGCGCUGCAGUACAGAGACACCAAAGCCUCCAUGUACAGAGCGUCAGAGCGAGCGGCGUCUGAGCCCGAGUACAUCCCCUGGACAGCCUCCUCGUGCGUUCGCUCCGUCCUCUCUCGACAACACGAGCUGCUCCUGCGCUCCGUUUACCCUCAGGCCGACUCGGAGCUGCGCGCCGCCGUCUGUGAGCAGCUGGUGACGCUGUUGGACGUUUACCUGGGCGGGUACGUGGCCCAGCUCAACUCCGUGCAGCAGCAGAAGCCCGCGGGAGGGCAUCAGGAGCGAUUCAACGCCCUGGAGCUGGAGUACACCCAGAGGAGAGGAGAGAUGCUCGGAAUGCUGCUGGACCUGGGUCAGUACCAGUGGGUGGCGACUUUGGCAGAAAAAUACUGCGACUUCGACAUCCUGGUCCAGAUGUGUGAAAAGACGGACAACCAGAGCCGACUGCAGCACUACAUGAGCAAGUUCGCCAACCAGAACUUCUCAGACUUCCUGUUCCGCUGGUACAUGGAGAAGGGGAAGCGGGGGAAGCUUCUGUCUCAGCCGGCGGCGCAGCACCAGCAGUUGGCCAGUUUCCUCCAGUCGCACCAACACCUGAGCUGGCUCCACCACAUCCACGUCAGCAACUUCCAACAGGCUCAUCAGACGCUCUACGCUCAGGCGAACGCAGAGACCCGCUACUUCACUAAAAAGAAAACUCUCUUGGCUCUGAGCAAACUCACGGCUCUGGCCUCGGACCUGAGCCAAGACGAUAUCAGCAAACAAGUCGACGACAUCGUAGAGCAGGAGCGCUUCCUCCUGCAUCAGGAGACUCUCCCUCGACAGCUGCUGGAGGAGAAACAGCAGAACCCGGAGACGAUGCCCGUGCUCAGCGCCCACAACCUCAUACAGCUCUACAUCUGUGACGACAACAGACGAGCGAAUGAGUACGACUUUAAGAAAGCUCUGGACCUGCUCGAGUACAUCGAAGAGGAGGACGAAGUGGACAUUGAAGCUCUCAAAUGUGAAAUCCUGGGAAAAGCUCUUCGCAAAGACGAUUGGUCGACGGCCGAUGGAAACGACGACCCGCUGGAAGCCGCCAAGGAAAGUGUUUUCGUCAAGAUCCUGCUCAAACUCAUCCAGGAAGGCGUCUCUCUUCAGUCGUACCUCCCGGACGUUAAAGACCUUCUGGAUUUGGAAGAACUCGGCGCUCUGAAGUCCAAACCGUAUUUUGAGUUUGUGCUUCGAGCGAAUUACGAACAUUAUCUCCAGGCUCAAAUGUGACCGCGCUUCAAAACCAGCUUUAAGAAGAAUCCUCUGUUAUUGUUUUAUAUAAAUGUGCUCUUUUUCUAAAUAAAUCUUUGUGAAAAUAACAAA